CGUUUUGUUAACAAGUGCGUUUAUACUGUCUAAUUAUUAAAUUAAUUAAUAAAUAAUCUAUAUUACUUGAAUAGCAAUGUGAAAAUAAUAAAGAUAAGUCACACAGUUAUAAAUUCAAAUAUUUUGAAGUUUAUAUUUAAAAACAAUAUUAGCUUAAAAUUCAUUUUCCCAUAUUUGUGCACUUUCACAGAUAAAAAAUGGUAUUCGGAGGGCGACCUCUUUUGAAGAGCACCGCUGUGCUUUUCGUGGGGUUGAUGUCGAUGCGCCACUCCCGGAACCACUGUCCCAUGGAGGUUGCUGCGGUCUGGAGUCGCCGAUGCAAUAACGACUUCUUCCUACACGAGUAGUAGAUAGCCGUGUCAUCGGCGAAGAGCCCCAAAUGGGUCUCUGAAGACCGGGGUAUACAAACUAAAUAGAAACGAGGAGAGGGCGGAGCCUUUCGGGACUCCGGCUGUUACGUGACGGGGGCGAGAGCGCGUUCUCUCAACUCGAUAUCGGAACGAACGGUUCGACAAGUAGUCUCGUAUGAUGAGCAUAAGUUCAUGAUUAUUUUAAAAAGUUUGAGUUUAAACGAGUUAAGAAUCAAAGAGAUUGUAAAUACUACGUGCUUGCUAAUGACGGGACGACAGAGAGGUUUUAUUAUGACAUCAGAAUGACAAUUUAUUAUUAUUUCUAAUUAAAGUAUUCUCAUAUUAUCUAUCCACAUGUACGGUUAUGUUUAUAAAAUAUUUUUAAAUUGAAACUUCACCAUUUCUCUUAGUUUUAAACGUUAAAUAAAUUCAUAUAUUCAAUACAGGCAAUAACUAUUUGUUGUUGCGUGGUGAUUCCACUAAGCAUUUUAAUAAUAAAAUUGUUCAUCGUAACUUGUGCCAUUAAACUAAAUUAAAACUUUAAAACAGAUAUCACUGCAGCACAAAGCCAAAUAUCUUUGCCAAAGACGCGCCAUUAUUUUCCUGCCUAUUCUAGUAACCUCGAGGGGUUAUUCACCGAACUAGUAGGUGAUUUACAAGCCUUCAGAACAAGCUUUGGUCGAUCGAUGAAGGUUGUUUGUACACAGACUUCUCGGAAGCCGGCUGAUGAUGUCCCACAAAAUUGAAGUAUGAACGAACGAGGUGUGAGACGCGGAGCUGGGGCUCCGUUCUACGCUCCGCCACGAAGGAAAACCUCAGCUGAAAUCAUUAAUGAAGCAAGAGCUGCGAUUUUUGGAGACAUGAGCGGGACGACAAGCGGAGGCGGUAGCGUGGGCGGCGCGCUACGUCCGCUGCGAACACGACGCCCGUUCACACCCCGCGAACCGCAACGGACACUGUUCACUGACAGAACGCGGAAGAAAGAUAACAGACCGCCGAGUUCGUUUGACCUCAAAUACCUCACCUUGUCGGAAACGAACGAAGAGGAAACCCAAAUGACGUUCACACAAAACGUUGAUGACUUGGACGAAGACACCUUAAAUGGUUUACUUGGAGAAUCAUCGAACGCACGCAAGAAAACGAUGUUACGUAACCAGCCGAAAUCUGUACAAGAGCGUUCCGGCGAUGGAUGGAGUGGCUUCCCGAAGCUUCCGCAUCUCACUGGGAAGAGCAAGCCAUUGCACAGACGUAACACUACCAGCCAAUCUUCCAUUGAAGAAUCUGAUUUAUCAUUUGCCAUUUCGGUGACGAGACCUUUGGGCGGCGCCGAUGGUGAUGGUACAACUAAAAACCGAAUGGAAGUGAACACUAAAUCCCUCGGUCCCGACACCAAUACGCGCCCUAAGUUGAUCUCGACCAAGUCUUCCCCCCAGGACGGCGUCCCCGCCGGUGCUCUCGGCAACAUUGCCGUCAAACAUUUAGCUGUACAGAUGCCUACCACUUCUUCUGAUAACUUCGACAAUAUGAGUCUCCUGGAGCUCUCCGAAGCGUUAUCCAAUCGCGGAUGUGGCACGAGUCGCACACUCGCUCUCAUUGAAGCGGUACAGAAACUGGUGGAUAUCAAUGUACCUGCAAGUAGUCUACGGGAAUUAGUGCUGCGCUCACUGUAUACUCAUAUCGAUAGUGAAGAUGAACAGGUUCUUGUGGCGAUCGCUAGAGCUAUGCUCACGAUGCGUGUAACUGGAAGUCAUUUGGCGGCCGCUUGCAAAUUGGUCUUCAAGAUAGCGAAGAACGAUAAUAACGAUCACUUCUUUCACGACACUAAUUUACUCGAGCUGUGCGUUGAGGGGUGGGGUCGAGCGGAGCCGGUCCGCGAGGCGGAGUGCUGUGUGUACGGGGCGGGGGCGCUGCGGGUGCUCUCGCUGGUGCCGACGCUCGCGACGCGCGCUCUGCGGGCCGGAGCCCUACAUCUAGCUGCCCUACAUCUGAAGAUACUGAACAAUGCUAAAUCUGAGAGUCCGCGGUCGCUGUCUGAUCAGUCCACGCACGCACUGUUCCAAGUGACAGGAGCGCUGCGUAACCUCGCGGCGGCCGGCGAGCGCGAAUUCGUCCCGAGCGGCGCGCUCGCCGAACUGCUCGCUGCCCUGCUACUGCACACCGACAGAGACGUGCUCACGAAUGUGGCUCGUUGUCUCAGCGUUCUGUCGGCCGAGUGUUCGUGCUGUGUCUGGCUGUGCUCGGCGCCGCACAGCGCCCGCGCGUUGCUGCGUGCGCUCGCCGCGUGCGCCGCGCGGCCGCCAUUGGCCGUGCGUCUCGCUUACACGCUCGGCAACAUGGCCGCCGCCGACGAACGUGCUAGAAUUAAUAUAUAUGACGAGGAAGGCAGUAUAGAUGUUCUACUUACGAUCUUGGAGUCGUACACGACGCGGCAUCAAACAGACGUUAGAGAUUUCGAUGAUCCCGAUCUCCAUCUCGUUGAAACAGAUCUCUGUGGAUCGGACGGCUCAAACGAAGAUGUCCUCAUCAAAACCGUGCGUAUCAUAGCUAAUCUGUGCCUGACGGAGCGCGCCGGCCGCGGCUUGGCUACAACGUAUAUAGAGCGGAUCACGAAGGCACUACUCGCGUGCUUGAAACUGGCCGAAGAUAAACGACCCGACGCUGGAGACGACGAUAUAAAAGUACAUCAAGUCUUUGAGAAAUACGAGGAGCUAUCGACGGCAGCGCUGGCCACUCUCAACAAUAUCACCUUCUACAGCGAACCUCCCGACGCUCCUGAUCCUCUCUACAACACGCUCGAGAACAUCUGUAAAGUGACGUGCGCGCGGCUGGGACGUGACGCGGCGUCCUCGUGCGAGGCGGUGCGCGCGCUCGGCAACUUGUCGCGGGACGCGCGCGCCGCACAGCUCAUCGUGCUGCACGGAGCCUUGGAGCUUUUGCCGCCGUACCUAAACCAUGAGGAGAGUAGCGUCCGUUGUGCGGCGGCGGGUGUUCUGGUCAACGUGUGCGGGUCGGGGGCGGAGGUGGCGCGGGCGGGGGUGGAAGCGGCACGGGCGCUGCGGGUCGCGGCGCGCGUGCGUGACGUGCGCUCGGCUGCGCUGCUCGCACGCGCGCUGUGGAACGCGCACGCACACGCCCCGCUGCAAGCCGAGCACGCCUCGACCGCGGCGAUCGCGCUCAACAGUUUCCUAGAUGACGAGUCUAUGUUUGCUGCAUGUGAAGCGUCCAGGGCGGGUAACCGUCGCGCCAGUGACCCUGCAAUCUUCAAACAUCACGUUAAGUUCGACACUGACAAUAACAACUACGAAAUGGACGAACGGGUGUACACGAAAUCGUUUUACCGAGCGAUCAGCGUUGAUCAAGACCUGCACCUGGAGGAGAGCGACGUGCUGUCAGGAGAAGACCUGGGCUUUGAAGAAGGAGAUCUAGAGGAAGAGUGCGAGUGCGAGCCGUGCCGGAGACUGGCCGCCUGGGAGGAGUUGGUCGGAGUGGCGGUGCCGCUUCUAGAGAAACUUAAGCCGACAAAGGCUGAUGCUUCCGUAGGAACCGAUUGAGCUAUGUAUUUAAUAAAAAAUUUAUCUGUGCGUAAUUGAUUUUUGUACACGAAAUUGCUAUUUUUUUAUGACAGUCCAUAGAUAAUAUUUUCCCGCUACCUCAUACGGCUAGAAAAUGAAUGAGGUUGGUUUUUAAACGAAUGUUUUUAUAACAAAAGGCGGUGAUUCUUGCUGUAACGCCUACUAUUCGAAAAUUUUGGCCGAAAUGCGAGGAGCGAAGUUGUAUGAAUUGUUUUAUUUCGUAUAUUUAAUGUUUCUUCAUUAAAUGUGUACCUAAUAACGGUGGUUUAUGAACUGUUUCGUAUCUGUGAAAUAAUCAUAAUUUUGACAGAUGUUAACAAAUGAAAUCGGAUCAAACAGCAACGGACCGUUUAAUUGUACUUAUUCUUAUUAUGAAAUCAAAUGUAUCUUAGUA